AUGCGAUUCUUCAACAUCACAUUGGCCUCUUUGGUCUCUGCCGUGACAGCCCUUUCAUCCUUUGACACUUGGGCUCAUGGACGUGUUGCUUUGAACGACGUCAGUAUCCAUUUCAGAUAUGCUGGUUCAGGUCCCCCGCUACUUCUCGUCCAUGGUAACCCCCAACACAGCCUGACAUGGCAGUUCAUCGGUCCCAUACUCGCCCAGAACUACACUGUAAUUGCACCCGACAACAGUGGCGCCGGUGACUCGAGCAUUCCUCCCAACGGAGACUAUACCGCCGCUGCUUCAGCCGAAGAUCUCAAAGGUUUACUGGACUUCUUGAACAUCACGUCUACGUAUGUCUUUGCUCACGACAAGGGAGUCGGGAUGGCAACUGCUCUAGCCAUCAAGCAUCCUGAAGUCGUCAAGAGACUGUCACUGGCCGAAUACCCUCUUCCUGGAUUUGGAUAUGAGCAGGCAGCAAACCCAGCUGCUUACUGGGAUCUCUACCAGAACUGGCAGCUGGCAUUCUUCCAAGUCACCGAUCUGGCCGAGUUUCUCAUGUCGGGCAAGGAGAAACAGUUCCUGCAAUGGUACUUUUACCACAGCAGUUACUCUGGAGUCGAGAGUUUCAGCGAAGAGACGGUCAACAGGUACACCAGCAGCAUCUCAAAGCCAGGAUUCCUGAGAGCGAUGCUAGGACCCUUCUCGAGCACGACUGUCUUCAAGGAUGCCGAAUUCUUCAAGACUUCGUUGAACGAGAGCAAGUUGAGCGUACCACUUCUUGGGAUGGGUGGUGAGGCAAGUCUGGGACUCAAAGCUCUUAUUCAGGAAUCAUACGAACCAAUCUCGACGAAUCUCGAGAUUGAUGUUAUUCCAAAAGCUGGACACUGGAUCGCGGAUGAGAACCCAAAGUGGACAGCGAAGCGUCUCCUCAAGUUCUUUCAAGAUGAUGAGAGUCCCAAGGAAGUUGAUCUGGCUUACUUGGAUGACAUGGUAACUCUGGAUGUUGGGUACUUUGGUACAAGAAGGAACUUUAAACUUGGAUCUCAGUGA